UUCCGAUUCACCAUUCCGUGCAGCCAAGUCGUUCGCGUCCACGGCCUGUCGCUCGACCACCACUUUUGCUUUUCAACGACUGCACGAAUACGUACUAUGAGCCGCGGCCUUCUCCAGCACAUGCCGACGCUGUUUCCGUCGCCGCCGUCGCCGCUCUCGAUCGACCUUGCCUGCCACGACAUUGUGAGCGUCAUGCAAGGCCUCAAGCGCCAGCGCGCCGCGCUCCAGACCAAGCGCGCCCAGAUCCUCAUGAAGGAGCAAGAGGCGGCGACGCCAACCGAGGUGCUUCCACGCCUUGCCACCGUAUGCGUCGAGCCCAAGAAGCGCAAGGCCGAGGCCGAGCUCCCGACCGCACCCAACGACAAGCUCGCCCGCCGCUACGUCAGCCGCAUGCCCAUGCAUGUUUAGCGCGCCGUGUCUUUGUGUGUUGUCAAGUGUGUAGAGCGAAACAUUCUACGAGAAGACGAGAUUGCACUGGCCGAAUGAGGCCUUAAUUUAACAAGCUUGCGUGUUUUCUGCCAA